AUGGAAGUAGAAUCAAAUAUAGAUAUGUCAUUUAUUUUACAGAAAUUGAAAUUGAACGCUGAAAAGAAAUUCAAUAAUGAGAGAACUGGAUUUGAAAUUUAAUAAACCUCUAAAUUUUAUUUGCCUCCUAGAAAUAAAAGCAUUAAAGCAUAAUAUUCUCACAUAUAUUAUAUGCGUUAUAUAAGCUUAGCUAAACGGUUUUAAACUAAUAGUAAUGAUUCUUAAUUCAUUGAAUUGAUAUAAAAAAUUUAGAAUUAAUAAGGAUCAAUAAAAGCAAUUGGAACUAUAUUCAAAGAGAUGAAAUUAAAACCAUAUUAUUUCUCUUAGAAUUCAAACAAAGCAAAACAAGGUAAAAUACAUAUGCUUAUAUUAAAGGUUAUGUGUCUAAUGAGGAUGUAUGCUAUUUAGAAGAUAAAUCAGGAAGAGUUAAAUUACAAAUUCAUAAUGCGAAACUCUGUCUUCCAAAUAAAAAAGAUAAAAUAAUUAAUGUCUGGGAUCUAGUGACAGGAAUUACAUUAAUGAUUGAAGGAUAGAUUAUUGCAAAUAAUGUUGUGAAAGUUGAAAGAUUAUAUUUACCUACACUUCCUGAAACACCUAUGUUGAAGCCAAUAAAUUCAACUUCAUAUCUCUGUUUAAUUUCUGGUUUAAAUUAUAAUUCAUCAGAAAGCACUACAAAAUAUAGACAUAUGAUUGAUUAUAUGUAAGGUAAUCUUUAUAGUGGGGAAGGAAGUGAAGUAAAAAUUUAACAAUAAUAAUUUAGAUUCCAUAUAAUAUAUCUUAAGUAAUAAUUCUUGGGAAUUUAUAUUCUAAACUAGAUGAAGCAAUUGAUUUAUAGAUAACAAAUCCUUAAUAAGAUUUCAAGGGUUUAUAUAACAAAUUAUAGUUAAAUAUAAAAGGAGUUGAUGAAUUAAUUAGUUAAUUAAUAUCAGUUACUCCAGUUGCUGUAAUGCCAGGAGUAAAUGAACCAGUUUCUUAGAUGUUACCUUAAACACCACUACAUAAAUCACAUUUUCCAGAAACUCUUGAUAAAACAAAUUAACUUAUAUUCUUAACAAAUCCAACAGAAUUUACAUUAGGAGAUUUAAAAGUACUUGGAACAAGUGGAUAAAAUAUCUAAGAUAUUAAAAAAUGUUCUUUAAUAAAUGAUUAAUAAGAUGUAGAUUUAUUGGAAAUGACAUUAUAUUAUGGACAUAUUGCUCCAACUGCACCAGAUACUUUGAUGUUUUAAAAUUAAUUAAAUUAUUUAGAUCAUACCCAUAGUAAUUAUAGGAUCCAUUUGUUUUAUAAGAAUUACCUAAUAUUUACUUUGCAGGAAACAUGUCAAAGUAUGGAACAAAGAUGGUUGCAGAUAAUGUUAGAAUUGUUAGUGUGCCAGCAUUUUCUGAAACUGGAAUAAUAUGCUUAAUUAAUUUAAAUACUUUAGAAUGUUUUCCUAUUCAUAUAUAAUGA